ACAGAGCAGCAGCAUGGAGGAUCCAGAAUCAUUGGGCUUCGAACACAUGGGCCUGGACCACCGGCUCCUACAGGCCGUCACCGAUCUGGGCUGGUCGCGACCCACGUUGAUCCAGGAGAAGGCCAUCCCGCUGGCGCUGGAGGGAAAGGACCUCCUGGCUCGCGCCCGCACCGGUUCCGGAAAGACCGCCGCUUAUGCCAUUCCUAUGCUACAGCUGCUGCUCCACAGGAAGGCGACAGGCCCCGUGGUGGAGCAGGCUGUGAGAGCCCUAGUCCUUGUGCCGACUAAGGAGCUGGCGAGGCAGGCCCAAUCCAUGAUUCAGCAACUGGCUGCCUACUGUGCUCGAGACAUCCGGGUGGCCAACGUCUCAGCUGCUGAAGACUUAGCCUCUCAGAGAGCUGUGCUGAUGGAGAAGCCCGAUGUGGUGGUGGGGACCCCAUCCCGCAUAUUAAACCACUUGCAGCAAGACAACUUGAAGCUUCGAGACUCCAUGGAGCUGCUGGUGGUUGAUGAGGCUGAUCUUCUUUUCUCCUUUGGCUUUGAGGAGGAACUUAAGAGUCUUCUCUGUCACUUGCCCCGGAUUUACCAGGCUUUUCUGAUGUCAGCUACUUUUAAUGAGGAUGUGCAAGCACUUAAGGAGCUGGUACUACAUAACCCGGUUACCCUCAAGUUACAGGAGUCCCAGCUACCAGGGCCAGACCAGUUACAGCAGUUUCAGGUGGUCUGUGAGACUGAGGAAGACAAAUUUCUGUUGCUGUAUGCCCUGCUCAAGCUGUCGUUGAUUCGGGGAAAGUCUCUGCUCUUUGUCAACACUCUGGAGCGGAGUUACCGGCUGCGCCUAUUCCUGGAGCAAUUCAGCAUCCCCGCCUGUGUGCUCAAUGGAGAGCUCCCACUACGCUCCAGGUGUCACAUCAUCUCACAGUUCAACCAAGGCUUCUACGACUGCGUCAUAGCAACAGAUGCUGAAGUCCUGGGGCCUCCAGUCAAGGGCAAGCAUCGGGGCAAAGGACCCAAGCGGGACAAGGCUUCUGAUCCGGAGGCAGGUGUGGCCCGGGGCAUAGACUUCCACCACGUAUGUGCUGUGCUCAACUUUGAUCUUCCCCCAACCCCCGAGGCCUACAUACAUAGGGCCGGCAGGACGGCACGUGCCAACAACCCCGGCAUAGUCUUGACCUUCGUGCUGCCCACAGAGCAGUCUCAGCUGGGCAAGAUCGAGGAGCUUCUCAGUGGAGACAGUGGGGCCCCUGUCCUGCUUCCUUACCAGUUCCACAUGGAGGAGAUCGAGGGCUUCCGCUAUCGCUGCAGGGAUGCCAUGCGCUCAGUGACUAAACAAGCCAUCCGCGAGGCAAGGCUGAAGGAGAUCAAAGAGGAGCUCCUGCACUCAGAGAAGCUCAAAACAUACUUUGAAGACAAUCCCAGGGACCUCCAGUUGCUGCGGCAUGACCUGCCCUUACACCCCGCCGUGGUGAAGCCUCACCUGGGCAACGUCCCUGACUACCUGGUUCCUCCUGCUCUGCGCGGCCUCGUCCACCCUCACAAGAAGCGGAAGAAGCCCCCCACCUCUAAGAAGGCCAAGGAAGGAGCCAUCGAAACCUUGGGAAUCAGAAACCACUUCCAGGAAGCAGCACCUGGCUCUUUGCCUGCUGUGCACAGUGCCUCCUUGGCCAGAAGAGGUCAGCCUUGCAGUGCUGCAGCCUGGAGCCCUCAGGCCCGGAGAGCCAGCAUCUGGCUCUCUGGCCUUACAGGCUGCUACCUGUGGCCUUUCUCUCUGGGAUCAGGCUGACGCCUCCUUUCUCUGAAGCUUGGGAACGACUUUUUGCCUCCUGGAAAGAUGGGCCUGCCUGAUGACACCUCUUUCUCCAGGGCACAUUGUAAAUUCACCCUUCUACUCCCUCAGGCAGCCAGGGACAGCUGUCU